AUGGGGGGACCUUCAUUCAGAAAAGUAGGCACGGCUGUUCGGAUUGCAACUGCAGGUUCCUUAGCCAGUUUCAUUUUAAUUGUCGCAUUCGUCCUUUUUGUCAUACACAGAAGGAGAACACGACGACACCAUGAGAUGGAAGAAGAGGAGGCAGAGUUCGGUAAGCUACAAGGCAUACCGAUGAGGUUCACGUUUCAACAGUUAGAAGUGGCAACCGAGCAGUUCAAAGACAAGCUUGGGGAAGGAGGAUUUGGUUCUGUUUUCAAGGGACGGCUAGGUGAGGAAAGGAUUGCGGCAAAACGCUUGGAUCGAGCUGGUCAAGGAAAGAGAGAAUUCUUAGCAGAGAAAACCCAUAGGCUCUUGGUUUAUGAGUAUAUGCCAAAAGGAUCCUUGGACAAGUGGAUCUAUUGUCGACAUGACAACACUGGUCCUCCGUUAGAAUGGAGAGUGCGAUGCAAGAUUAUCACGAACAUAGCUAAGGGUCUCUCUUAUCUUCAUGAGGACUGCAUGAAGAGAAUUGCCCAUUUGGAUAUCAAACCACAAAAUAUUCUCAUAGAUGAGGACUUCAAUGCUAAACUUUCUGAUUUUGGUUUGUGCAAGCUCAUGGAUAGGGACAUGAGCCAAGUGGUUACUAGAAUGAGAGGCACACCUGGAUAUUUAGCUCCUGAAUGGUUGACAUCACAAAUCACGGAGAAGGCCGAUAUCUAUAGCUUUGGCCUGGUGGUCAUGGAAAUUGUGAGCGGAAGAAAGAACCUUGACACUUCCCGGUCCGAAGAGAGCAUCCAUCUUAUUACCCUAUUGGAAGAAAAGGUGAAGAACAAUCAGUUGGUAGAUUUGAUUGACAAGAACAGUAAUGACAUGCAAGCACACGAGCAGGAUGUAAUUCAGAUGAUGAAGCUAGCAAUGUGGUGUUUGCAGAUCGAUUGCAAAAGAAGGCCUAAAAUGUCCGAGGUAGUCAACGUCUUGGAAGGUACCAUGGAUGCAGAGAGCAAUAUAGAUCACAACUUUGUUGCAACAAACCAAGCAAAUUUUGGCAUUGCUGGUAAUGUGACCUCCUCGGCUCCACCUCUAGCCUCACAUCUAUCAGGCCCCAGGUGA